ACGCCAAGAAGAUUACUUGGCCAAAGAUCAGCGCCAGAAGCAUGGACAUGGACGCAACGACCUUCUUCGCCGCUCUCCAGGACAGCGACGACGUGCUCGUCUUGCUCAUCAUCUGCGCUUUCGCCGUCGUAGGCUUGGCCAUCGUCCUCUGCUUCGUCUCGCGCUGCUGCGUCUGCCUCGGCGACUGCUGCGAGUGCCUCCGCCGGUGCAUCUGCCAGCCCAAGAAGCCGCACGCCGCCCGCGUCUCACUCUUCGUGCACCAGCAACGGCGAAGCGUGCGCGAUGUGGACGCCGACUUUAUGGAGCCGUUCCUUGGACCGCCCAACUACGAUCAGCCCUACGACGAAGCGAGCCCGCCACCAUAUCGCAACCUGCCGUCGGCGCCUCCGCUUUCGCCCUAGCGAUGCGAUCCAUGUCACGUGGUCGUAAUGAAGUAAUCGUUUUAUGAAGC